AUGGGGGAUCUUCUGGUCUAUUUCGCCGCCUUUUUAUUGUCUAUAAACUCUGUGAUUUCGGAAAAAGUACUGGUAUCGAUGCCUGGGGCUUAUCCUCAAAAGGCUGAUGACUACAUUUGCACUCAAAUUCCGCUUCCUCAGUUUAAAAACAGCCCAGGAUAUGUUACGGCAUUUAAACCCAUUGUAAACGCUUCCGUCCACCACAUUAUUUUAGGCGCCUGUGACAAAUGGAUUGGUCGAAACAAGGCUUCUCGUCCAGGUCCUUGCAUUAACACCUGUCGUACACAUAUACUUUAUGCAUGGGCACACAAAGGUGCCCCUUUGGUAUUACCUGAAGGCAGCGCUUUUGAGAUAGGACGCGGUACUCAGAUUCAGUCGUUAUCAAUGGAAGUUCAUUACAGCCGUCGUGAGGAAAAUCCUGACUUCGCAUCUAUUGAGCUCACUUAUACUCGCGAGCCUCAACCAAAUCGAGCUGGAGUUAUCCUUCUGUACAAUGAUGAAGCAACAAUCCCUCCGCACUCCGAACAUUUCCCAACAAACAUUUCCUGCAGACUGCGUACCGAGGUUCCUAUUCGCGUAUUUGGUAUAAGGACCCACGCACAUGAUCUUAAUAAAGGAGUCUACGGAUACUACCUUCGGCCGGGAGACAGAAACUACCACCUCUUAGCCAAAGGCAAUGCCCAGUGGCCCCAGACAUUUUAUAGACCAACCCAGCUGUCGGCGAGCACUGAUAGUAUUCGAUUGGAAGACGGGGAUAUUUUGAUGGCACGGUGUGUUUACGAUUCGACAGACCGCGAUAAGCCGACGUCCAUGGGAUCCACACAUGCUGACGAAAUGUGCAACAUGUAUCUCAUGUACACGAUUGAUGCGAAUUACGAACUGCCGGCGGAGUCUGAGAUGUGUGUCGAUGACAUGGUCCCCGGGGUCUGGGACCACGCGCCACCUGAGUCGGUGGAUUACGUUACCAACGUUCCGCCGUCUCCGAAUUCAAUGCCCGAGACCUCCCCAGCCUCCACUCCGCGCUUCAUCGACUUCCUGUUUGAUCGCAAGUGGUCAGUUGAGGAUGUUCACCUGGGAAGUGUCACCGGGAUUGGAAUGACGGCUGAUGACGACGGCAAAACACACCUCUUUAUUCUUCGGCGAGGCGACAACCCGUGGGAGGAGAACUCCUUUGAUCGCGACUACAGAUACCGUGAAUCUAACAUCGAAAGCGUCCCGUCGCCGAUUCUGCAUGUGGAUGCGGAAACGGGUGAGGUCGUUGAGGCCUUCGGCGAUGACCUCUUCGUCCUGCCCCACGGCCUGUCUGUCGCGAGGGGCGCGAAGGGUGAACCGGUGGCCCUCUGGGUGACGGACGUUGCGCUCCACCAGGCCAUGAAAUUUGACUGGGGCAAGUGGAAGAAACCGUCAAUGGUCCUCGGAAGGCGCGCGGAACCUGGAGAUGAUGGAAAUUCGUUCUGCCAACCCACCGACGUUGCCGUCGCUAGCACGGGUGAGAUAUUUGUGGCAGAUGGCUACUGCAAUCAGCGCAUUGUAAAAUUCUCAGCCCGUGGCGACUAUGUGUCUGAGUGGGGAGUCCGCGGUGCAGACACGGAGUCCAACAGGGGCUUCCUUGUGGCCCACAGUCUGGCCAUCAUUCCGGCGUCCGAAAGUGGGGCGGUCGAGCAGGUCUGCGUGGCUGAUCGGGAGAGGGCGCAGGUCGACUGCUACGACCUCCAGGGGCGCCGUGUCGCGCAGUACGGCGGAAGGGCUCUCCAGCCAUCCGUCUACGCAAUCACCUUCAGCCCAGCCCACAAGUUUGAGAUUGACUCUUUUCCCAUUACCGACAAGUGUAUUCCUCGACAUAACAUUGGCAGUUAUGGUGGUGGCCAGCUUAAUGCAAAUCAACUCCCUAUAGUCUUCCAACCAAAACUCUUCAGUAUCAAAUUAACGCCUGCCUUGCGUUCCUCUAGUUUGAUGUUUGGCGUGACGGGACCUGCUAACGCAUCCAUGAGCGCCCUUGAACGUCUUCAAGCGUUGCUGGCUCUGGGCGUGGAUGAAGACGAUGCCGACGUCGUGGGAGGUCGCGGUAACCGCGCCUUCGCCUUCCUCCCCCUCCUCUCUGCGAACGGCUUCGAUCCUGGACUCGGCUUCUACAAGCGCCUAACCAGACACAACAUCCUCGAUCUGGAAUUCCAGCGUCCCCAUGACAUUGAAGUCAGUCCGGAUGGAACAAUGCUCUUUGUGGCGCAACUGAAAAAGCCCUAUUUGUCGAAAAUCGACAUCGUCAAGUCAGCCAAAGUUGCGGCGCUGCACCAGGCGGCCACUGCUUCCACGGGAAACCCUGCGCCCAACUUCACAAUGCCUCCACGAACUCUCACACAGAAGAUCUUCAUCACGGGGGCCCUUGUAACCCUUUGUGCCGUCGUAGUGCUUAUAGUCCUUAUACUUUUCCGGAGUCGCCGAAACGCGCCAUGGGCCUUUCGGAAUCGUGCAUUUUGGCCGAACCGCCCACGCGGUCGAAUGGCAACCGGCCGAGGCGGGCAGAAGCGUUACGAUGGUUUCCAGCCGCUCCAUCGAGACGAACUGCAGGGCCUCGGUUCCAUGUGCGAGAGCGACGAAGACAGCGACGAGGACGCUGGCGCCGAUUCGAAUGCCAUCAUUGACAUCCGAAAGUUCGGUCCUUCGAGUUCCCGUCAAACACUGUUGCCAUCGGCGCCGCCACAUCCAAAACCAAACACUUCUCUUUCUUCCAGUCAUCACAUCGAAACUUGA